AUGAAGGAGUUUGGCGUCAAGGAGGAAAACAUUGUGGUUGAGUCUGUUCCAGGCUCAUUCGAGUUGCCUUACGGCUCCCAGCUCUUUGUUGAAAAACAGAAAAAGUUGGGCCAGCCUCUUGAUGCCGUGAUCCCCAUUGGUGUUUUGAUCAAGGGCUCCACCAUGCACUUUGAGUACAUCUGCGACUCCGUCACCCACCAAUUGAUGAAACUCAACUUUGAGCUCGGAAUCCCUGUGAUCUUUGGUGUUUUGACCUGUCUUACUGACGAACAGGCCGAAGCCAGAGCUGGUCUUAUUGAAGGCAAGAUGCACAACCAUGGAGAGGACUGGGGUGCUGCUGCUGUGGAAAUGUCUGUGAAGUUCAGAGCUUAG